AUGGGUACGGAACUGGAAAGAGUGCUAGUGGCCCUGGGCCACUGCCCACUGGCUGCAGACACGCUAGACUCUGAUGCGCCAGCACCACUCUCUCUCUCUCAUGAACGGAAUCCGCUCCGUAACUCGACUGACUGCAAGUGCGGUAGCGGGAGCGGCAUCAUGACACGCCUCGCCUCGACAGAACAUUCCCAAGCCGUACCUGCACACUAUCUAGACUCUCACCACUUAAUUCAAGACGGCAUCUGCAUCUGGAUAGUACUCCAAUUCGGCAACGGGCCCUUCGAGACCGUCGCGGGUCAUGCCGCUGGCUCCUGGCCAGCAUUCUUCUUCUUCUUCCUCUCCAAAAAGAGAGCGGGGACCGAACAUCGUCAUUUGGGUCGCGGAAUACCGCCCGUCGAACAUUCGGCCAGGAGAAACUGCUUGGGACAAUGGCCAAACAGCGCGAAUUCGAUUCUUGUUGACGGAACUGCGCCUGACCCUAUAAACAGCCCUGCGAUCAAGUCACUGUUCCAUUGCCUGCUCUCCAAUCAAGACCAGGCCGUCAAAGUGAAUCUCGAUGUCGAUUCCACCUCCACGCUCAUCAGUGUGUUUCUCAGACAAGCCAGCUCGCGCUUCUCGACGUGUCAGCGUUCGAGCAGCCAGUCAGACUGGCUUGAACCGCCAGAGAUGGCUAUUCACACGCCUCCGCGCGGGGAGACGGAGCAUUGCACCAAGGAUUGA